GACCGGUGGAAGACUAUUUUCCUCCACAACCCAGUGGUUUUGGCGUUCCACGUCAAUCUGCAGGGGAGUAUAUUAUACUGACACUUCGACGCCUGGCGCUCGAGGCGAGUAUGUGUCCAAACACAUCCAAGAGCCGGAUUGGGACAAGCAGUUCUUCCCUAGCUUCACCUUCAUCAACAUUCAAGGAGCCGAGACGGGGCGGACAUCGCUCGGAGACGCAACCUGCCACAUGCCCUGCGCCGGAGGAGAGUGCAACGACCUCUUUAAGCCCAUCUACGAGGUGGUUUGGAGCGACCAAGACGGCACCUUUGUCUCGUGGCGACGGAAGAUCGAUGGGACCUUCGCGGAACGCUUGGAGUUGCAUUACUUCCCUUUGGAUCGUCAGCUCUGCCGCAUCAAGAUCACCGCGGAAAAGCCCAUCGAGGACUUCCAGUUCGUCAUGCUCAAGAAAGACCAUAAACAUCACUUUUCGCGCGCCUGCGAUACGUUCAAGGUGGACCAGGAGAUGCAGAAGCUUUGCGGCUCCUAUGUCCGCUACUGUGACUUCGAGUUGCCCUUCCCAUCGCAAAGAUCGAUGGUGAACGUCAUAUUUCAUUUGGAUCGUCAGGGUGACUAUUACUUCAACAACAUGUUGCUGAUGGUCUUCCUGGUGAAUCUCAUGGGGCUUUGUGCCUUUGCAAUCCCUCUACAUGAUGCAAGUGGUCGAUUAAGCUUAGUGAGUUCUUGCUUCCUGGCCGUUCUGGCCUACCGCUACAUCAUCAACGAGAUUCUGCCUCGCAAGGCAUACCUCACCGCUGCCGACAAAUACAUCACCUUCGCCUGUAUGUUCCUGAUUGUCAUUUGUUUGCAAACGGUGGUCUUCGUGAUUUGGAGACGUGGCAUUGAAGAAGUGAAGGAAGGGCAGCUCAGCUUGGCAUCACUUUGGACUCGCAGUACCUUGGAUUUCUAUCACCUCACUCGAGCACCUCGCACCUCAGCACCUCAGCACCUCGCAGGUGGCGAUCAACGGUUAUCUGUGGUGUCUAUGGAAGUUGUCAAGGCGACAAGAUUGGGGAUCGGUGUAUUUGGAGAAUGAAGAGCCCUAUGCGCCCAUCCAGGACGCGGAGCACAUACGGCAUACGUGACGGGCGGAAAAUCGGCUGUGACUCGAGGUUUCUGUGACGGAUGUGGUGGUUCCAUUGGCGUGGCGAAAUCGGCUUCGAGUGAGAACACAACACGUUCAAGUCUCUUUCCAAAGUCCUUUUCCUCUUUCCCGGGUACUUGUUCACCAUCGGUCUCAGGUCUGUAUUUGGUAUAAUAUAUGCUAAGCGGG